CCAAAAUCCCUUAAAAAUUUUCCGAAACACCAAACACCCACAACAAAAACCUCUAUCGGAAAAUUUUAGAGCUAAAUCCAAAAGAUUGAAAGUUGUACUCGUGAAAUCCCGUCGUCAAGCUGCUGGUCACUCUGUAUACUUCGAUUUCGAAUAGGAAGAAAUGGAAGGCAUGGACCUGCAGAAUACUGUCAAAGAAGCCCUAAACGCACUGUAUCAUCACCCCGACGAUGCUGUCCGUAUGCAAGCCGAUCGGUGGCUGCAAGAUUUCCAGCGCACUCUCGACGCUUGGCAGGUCGCUGAUAAUUUGCUUCAUGAUCCAACUAGCAAUCUAGAAACUUUAAUCUUUUGUUCACAGACUCUUCGAAGCAAGGUGCAAAGGGAUUUUGAAGAAUUGCCAUCGGAAGCCUUUCGCCAAUUAAGGGACUCCUUGAAUACGUUAUUGAAAAAGUUUAAUAAAGGCCCCCCUAAAGUCAGGACUCAGAUUAGCAUUGCAGUUGCUGCUUUGGCUGUGCAUGUUCCUGCAGAAGAUUGGGGUGAUGGUGGCAUUAUGAAUUGGCUCAGAGAUGAGAUGAAUUCUCAUCCAGAUUAUAUACCUGGAUUUUUAGAGCUUCUUACUGUAUUGCCUGAGGAAGCAUACAACUACAAGAUAGCAGCACGUCCAGAACGACGGCGUCAAUUUGAAAAGGAGCUUACUGCACAAAUGGAAAUUGCUCUUAAUAUAUUAACUGCUUGUGUAAAUAUCAAUGAUCUGAAGGAGCAGGUGGAAGCUUUCCUAUUUUAUUACUUCUUUCUAGUUUUACAUGGUGUUCAUUGUAAUUAUUAUAGGAAGUUGCUUGAAUGGGUCUAUUUGGUUGCCAAGUCUGCAUGUGAAACCUUCUGAGAUGGCAUAAUGUAUUUACUUCUAAGUUUUGAAUUUCAAAUUUUGUUUCCAUUUCUCAUUUAAAUCAAUCUUUAUAUUGAUUUCAUUUCAAACCUUGCAUGUGUAUAAAUAUUGUUUCAUUUGCAUGAUGGCCAUGCAUAGGAAUUUUUUGAGCUGCCAAUGAAACAAGCCAAACUUGGAACUUGGUUGUUUAAAGGAAUGAACUGAAUACAUUUUA